GCCCUGCAGUAACCCUCUCCUGUUCUGCGCAUCAGGUUUGCAGCAUCCUGAUUUAGCAAUGCUCCAUCUCUGCUAUGCUCAGUCAAACAAGUUUUACCGCGCAUGCCAUUAAACAGCGGAUAACCGACCUCAGAUGCUGGAGGGCGGACAGUGUUGCUGCUGAGGGAGCGGACUGGACAGAAUUUGUCAGCUCAUGAUGCGUUCAAGCGCCGAGCUCAAGUAGCUGACAAUUACAGCAGCGACGGAACUGAUUGCAGUGUCUGAGCUAACAUGGUCGAUGUUUGACAAGAGGUGGCCAUGGACGCCUUCAGUCAGCUGAUCUUGCUCAUCGCCACUGUCAGUUUCUGCGUAUUUCAGUGGCUUUUCCACAGCCUGAGCCCCUGGUUGUCAUGCAGGAUCAGCCCAGGCUUCCUGAAACUCAGCCACAAGCAACAAAUUGAGUGGAACUCAAGGACUGUGUCCACAUUGCAUGCCAUAGUGGUUGGGCUCUUUUGCCUCUACAUCCUUUUCUUUGAUGAAGCCAUAAAUCAGGACCCUGUGUGGGGAGAUCCAACAUUGGUGAAGAUAAACGUGGGAAUAACAACAGGCUACCUCAUAUCUGAUCUGCUGCUCAUAUUUUACUAUUGGAGGGCGAUAGGGGACAAGUUUUUUGUAGUUCACCACCUGGCUGCAUUGUAUGCUUACUACUUUGUACUGGGCCAAGGAAUGUUGCCUUAUUUUGCUAACUUCCGUCUGCUUGCGGAGUUUUCUACCCCAUGUGUGAACCAGCGCUGGUUCUUUGAAGUGUUAGGUUACCCUAAAUCCUCCAGACUCAACAUUGCCAAUGGUGUGCUCAUGGCGGCUGUGUUUUUCAUGGUCCGCGUCGCAGUCAUGCCUGUUUACUACAGCCGUAUGUACUUUGUAUACGGCACGGAGGCCUUCUAUCGGGUAUCGUUUGGUGGCCGUGGUGCCUGGAUCUUUUCCAGCAUCUGUUUGGAUAUCAUGAACCUCAUGUGGAUGCAUAAGAUUGUACGCGGCUGCUAUAAGGUUCUGCGCUCCAGUCAGCAUAUAAAAUUCCAGACUCAAGAAAAUGGAAAAAUGGACUAAGCAUGGAAGAAAGUUCAGUCUCUGUAUCGAGGAAGACCCGCACUUAAUUGUUUUUCAAGUGACGGAUUGUGAGUCAGCUAACAGCAGCCACAUAGCUAGACUAAUUCACCUACUUUUGAAGAUGGUAAUAGGAGAAUUCACCCCAGAGCAAUACAGAACAUCAACAGUUUGUUGAUGCUUUUUACUGCAAGCAGACAAGUCAUGUCAGAUUAAGACGGCUGAUGAUUUUCCCUUAUUCUACGUACUGAAAUGGCUUAAACAGCAGUUUACGCACCACAUUUUUUUAUUUUCAGUAUGUUUGAGCUGUUUAUGUUGUUAUUGGCUGAACAUAUUUUCAAGUUUAACCUGAAAAACACCGUAAUAGGUCAAAAUGUGCCCCGUCUUUCUAAUUUAUUCGUGAAAGUCACUGCCACCUGUAAACACGAAUGGCCAACAUGUUUACUUUGAAGUUACACUUCAUCCACUAACUGUAAAGGACGUGCUCAUGUGCUUACCUUCACUGUAUUUCAUCAACGACUCCAUCACAGACGACGUCUGAACAGGACGACCCCUUAAUGCCAAGGAUGCUGGGAAGGUUUAACUGUGAAUGUGCACAAACUUUAUAAAUUUACAUAAAUAUUUUAUACCGAUAUUGUUGCGAUCAAAAGAGAAGUGCACUUUGUUUAUGUAAUAGGAGACACAUUUCUGUCUUUGCUUUUUGGAAACCAUGCUGGAAUGGACAACUCCUAGAUUCUGUUUGAGGAUGAUGAAUAUAGCUGGACAGUUUCUUGCUGAGCUUUUCCUUUACUGCGAGACAGGUUUGAUUAAUAAACUGUGAUUUUGAAAUGGUUUACACACACACACACACACACACACACACACACACACACACACACACACACACAUACACUUGAAAUUCUCCACAACACAGCGUUGUUUGUACAGGGGUUAAGCGCAUGCUGCAGUGUCGUUCUCCGAAUGUUUUGCAUCAUUGAUAGAAAUAUUAAUGGACAUGCACAGUUACUCAUUUUAGAUUUUAUGUACAGUGACAUUAAAAUAUAAACAGUUUAAUAUAUUGUCAAAGGCUUUGGGCAUGGGCAUUACCCUACGACUGAUGUUCCUUACAUGCUCUGAGUAAAGCAAAGGUAACUGGACAUUCAGCAAAUAUUUUCUACAUCAUGCCUUAUUUAUUUUAAAUCAGAACUGAAUCAGCAUGUACAUGUAUAUUUAUUAUUUUAAAUGAAUUGUAUUAUGUAUGGAGAAAAGGUGUUUGUGAUAUAUCUAAAUUAGAUCUUUACAGAAUAACAACGGUAACAUGGACUUAUUGAAAUCAGCUUGAGGUGCGUCAUGUCACUUUGUAUGAAAUUUUAGUGUAGAAUAUUCAUACACAGUCUUGAAGCUGAUUGAAAAAUCACCUACAAUGAUAAUAUUACUGGAUACCAUGUAUUAUUUUCUAUUAUAAAAUUGAAAAGUAUAUACUAUAUAUAUAUAUAUAUAUAUAUAUAUAUAUAUAUAUAUAUAU